AUUUACUGGUUACUCGUUUGUUCUGCGUUGCGACUACUUGAACGACGGCGGCCGUCAGUAUCUACUGUCUUCACAGUAUGAGGACUUUGGCGCUGCUCUGUGUCUUGGUGGUGGCAGUAUCUGUCACGCAUGGACGGCGACAGGCACGACGACGCGCAGAAAGAUACGUCCUCUCCAAGAAAAAUGACUAUGCACUAAAGGCGUGGAUUACCCGUUAUUUCGACAAGCAGUUGAGUAGAUUCCUGAAGAUGACAAAGGGAUGGUUAAGAAUAAGCCGUACACAAGUGAAGGUUCUACAAUAUAUGAACAGACGGCAUAUGGUGCGCAACUGCGAUUUCUACCGGAAGUAUGCCACCGACACAUUGUUGCGCUACCGUCUCCGUCUAACUGCGAGGAACUAUCAACUGGCGGGACGGCGCAUCGGACAACGGAUCCAAAUGGGGUGGAGGUACUACCGGAUGAUAUCUAAAAAACAGCUGCCAAAGUUUACAAAACGCAUUGAAAGAGUCCUCGCCAAACGACCUGGUGACCUAGUUUGCUAGAGUGACCCCUGUCUACAUGAUGAGGU